CAAUGACGUCAUAUUUGCUAUAUUUUGAUUGGCUGGCCAGAGCAGCUAGCUAGUAGCUAGUAGCUACCCCGACUUCCGAAGCUACAAGGCUACAAAUACAAGCCAGCAUCUUAAGAGAGCUGAGGUGCUUGUGGUUGGCCAGUGUUGACACAGAGCAGCAUGAGACUCUCAUCUUCCUACCUGGGAUGCACAUAUUGGAAGCAAAAGGCCGUUUGACGUCUCAUUUCAAGAAAAGUGACAUGUGGAGGACCGGGAUUCUUCUGCUGCUGCUCACACUGCUGCUGGCCUCUCAGGUUACAUGCUGCGAGGCUGUGGCGUCCCCGGAAGCGGACGAGAUAGCCUUGGAUCAGCUGGAGAACACGAGCGACAUUUCCGCAGUUCUUGGGAAGACACGUCACCACAUCUUGGCCGCACAGUUUGAGUGCUACCUGAAGAUAAUCAACGAUCCGCCGCGAGUAGAUGAAGGUAAAUACUGUAACCGCACCUGGGACGGCUGGUUGUGUUGGGGGGACUCGGCACCAGGCACCGUCAUCCAGAUGUGCCCUGAAUACUUCCUCGACUUUGACCCAGCUGAAAAAGUGACCAAAGUGUGCAAUCCUGAUGGCCGGUGGUUCCACCACCCGGAGAGCAACAGAGUGUGGUCCAACUACACGCAGUGUUCCAUCCACACCAAAGACAAACUCAAGUUUGCCAUCAGUCUCUACUACCUCGCCAUGGUGGGUCACGGCCUCUCCAUCGUCUCCCUCAUCAUCUGCCUCGUCAUCUUCUCCUACUUCAAAAGUCUUAGCUGCCAGAGAAUCUCCCUGCACAAGAACACCUUCCUCUCCUUCAUUCUCAACUCCGUGGUCACCAUCAUGUGGCUCUCGCUCACGGUGGCCAACAACCAGACCAUCAACGCCAGAAAUCCCGUGAGCUGUAAAGUGUUGGCUGUGUUGACUCAGUACACGUCCACCUCCAGCUACUUCUGGAUGCUGUGCGAGGGCAUCUACCUUCACACUCUCAUCAUCGUGGCGGUCUUUGUCGGGGAGCAGCAGCUCUUCUGGUAUUACGUCCUGGGGUGGGGCUUCCCCGUCGUUCCUGCCAUCACGUAUGCUGUGGCUCGUGGCUUCUUCUUCAAUGACAAGUGUUGGAUCAGCUCACACACUCACCUGCUGUACAUCAUUCAUGGCCCCAUUCAAGCUGCACUGCUGGUCAACCUGUUCUUUCUGCUGAACAUUUUGCGGGUUCUGAUCACCAAGCUGAAAGAGACCCACUGUGCAGAGUCCACCACCUACUUGAAGGCGGUGAGAGCCACCCUAAUCCUCAUUCCUCUGCUGGGGGUGCAGUUCAUCCUCUUCCCCUGGAGGCCCGAGGGACGCAUCAGCCGGGCCAUUUAUGACUUCUUUGUAAACAUCUUCUGCCAUUUCCAGGGACUGCUGGUGGCAAUUAUAUUCUGUUUCUGCAACGGUGAGGCACAGACGGCGCUAAAGAGGAAGUGGUCCCAGUGGAAGUCUGCCUGGGGCAAGACCGGCUGGGGCGACACCCCCGUCAACACCAACAGCCACUUCAGCUACCACAACAAUUCCUCCAUCACGGAGACCAGCCGCGUCGCUGCAAACGCCGAGCAGCCCGACGCUCACGGGAAAGCCGGCGAGAACGCUCACUUCCUGUCUGGAGGCAGCGCGGCGUGUGACACAGAUGAGACCCCCAACACACUUUUCCCCCUCAAAUAACCCCCGUAUCGCAUCUUUUUAGAGGCAGCAUUGUAAGAAAUGCAUCAUUUGCGUGACUGUGUAGUACGUUGAGGUUUUGUACACGAAUGAUCAUUCACUGUAAUUCCUCACAUAGUGUCCUUACUCAACUGCAGAGACUGCCAGGCAAUAGGGCUUAGACGUUUUAGCAGGUGGAAACUUUUCCUCGUACAAAUGCAUUUUUAUAAUAAUAUUACAACAGUUGUUUUUUUUGCAGUUUUCUUCAAAUAUAUCCAUAAUUUGAUCA